CUUUUGCGAAUCCUAAUAUUUAUAUAAUGGAUAUUAGAAAUUAUACAUGGGUUAAUUCAUUUGAAAUAACAAGUACAAAUGUAACGACAAAAUCUGAACCAUCAAUACCAACUGCUUCCAUAAUUGUUGCUAAUUCUAAUAAUAGUGAAUUAGGUACAAUGAAAAUCAUAAUCGCUUCAUUAGGAGGAUUAUUAGGUUUAGUUAUUUUUAUUGCGUGUGGAUAUUUAAUUUAUAGAUGGAAUGAAAAAAGGAGAAACGAACUAAAAUCUAAUAUCGGUGAACAUACAUUACCCGGAAAUAUUGUUGAACAUAAUAGAAGUUAUAUUGCUGCCUAUUAA